GAACCCGGAAGUGGCGGCUUGUUUAGGGAAGAGGAUCCGAUGUGUUUUCAGACAUGUCUCUUUACAGAAGCUGCUCGUUCUGUGUCCUGCUGCUGACACACGUCCUCUCCCUGGUGUCCGGGGACACAGUGAACCUCACCGCCGUGGAGCCAGCGGACCGGCCCGCCCUCCCCAGCUCCCCGGUGUUCAAGCCCGGUUCCCCGGGUUCCCUGGGUCUGCUCGCGUCCUUCCCGGAGGACCUGGAGAUCAGCUCGUACUGCAGCGAGAUGCUGCUCCUCUUCGGCCGGCGCUACGACACCUACGUGAACUGCCUGGUUCCGGCGUCCAGGCCCGUCCGGGUGUGUCAGAACUGUUUCUCCAGCUACGGCAGCCUGAGGGAGAUCUACAACAACAUCUCCUCGGACCAGGUGGGUCCUGGUAACGAGAGCUGCGGCGACAGUCUUCUGCGCAGCGACCGGCUGAUGCUGGUUUAUCAGCUCUACAGCAACCUGAAGGACCUGUGGGGUGCAUCCAGCUGCGAGCGCUGUAUCACUAAGGGAUUUCAGAGCCUGACGAACGACACGCUGUACUUCAUGGAAACCCUCAACCAGACUAACACCUGUUUCCAGAAGUAUCAACAGGGGAAUCACACAGAGCUGUGCAUAAACUGUAAGAGCACAUACGUGGACAUGAACGAGCUCUACAGCAGAAUGGAGAAGAAUCUGACUCUGUGUAUCGACAUAGAAGACGCGAUGAAUGGGACACGCAAACUGUGGAGUAAGAAUUUCAAUUGUUCCUUGCCCCGCGAGGAGACGGUGCCUGUCAUCGCUGUGUCCUGCUUCAUGCUCUUUCUGCCCAUCAUCUUCUACUUGAGCAGCUUCCUUCACUCGGAACAAAAGAAACGCAAGCUCAUACACCCCAAGAGAGCGAAGUCGUACACCAGCUUGAUGAACAUUCAGGACAAGCGGAGCUGAGCAGCUGAGCAGCAGAGAUGCCCUGAAAUGAUUGACAGCAUUCCUUUUAUUAAGAGCCACACUCCCAGGAGGAGAUUUGACUUCUUUCUGUCUCGUGCUUGAGGCUUGACGGACCUCCAAUGAACACAGAGCCCUCAACUGCAGCUUUCCUGUUGUCUUCAGGGGGGGGGGGCCGGGGCGGCGAUACCAAUCCGUAUUCAACAGGCCUCUAAGAUCUAAAUCAAUGAAACUUAAAAGUGAAAUGCACUGGAUUUAUUUUAUCGCACAAAAUGGACUUGAGGCACAUUAAACUAUUGAUUUCAUAUGUCGUAGAUUAAGUUGGAAAGCAGGAAAUAGAAACAUGCAGAUUUUCUCAGAUAAAGAUGAGAUGAAGAAAAUUUAGAAACCGGCCACGCGCUGGGUCCGAGUCUGCCUCUUAAUGCCAGAGUUAACAAUCAGCUUUGUUUUGUAAAGUUUGUCACGUUUAAACUUGUAUUUUGGUUUUCUAUGAGCAGAAUGUGCUGUCAGACAGGUGUCGUGAGAAAGUGAGCGACCAGAACGCUGUGUGUGUGUGUGUGUG